AUGAACCAAACGCUUUACAAUCUACCUCAAGAUAUCCUCCUUCUAGUCCUUCAGUACCUCGAAGCUCCCGAUGUUCGAUGCCUACAGCUUACAUCUCACGCAUGCCAAAACACCUUCACUGAUCCCAUCUACCUACGUACCAUCCUACGUUUCUACACUUGCACCCGUGAAGUUCGCGCUUUGUCUACCACCCUCCCCAACGAUGAAUCGAAUCUAUACCAGGCGUUCAAGACUAUAGCAGCCAGAUACUACCAUUUAGGCCGAGGCAAAGCAAGGAGGUUGCAAAGGCUCGACCUGCGGGCACUCGACCAGUCAGGACAUUGGUUCCCAGCACCGCAAUGGGAUUACCAUGAAUCGCAGCCAGGUGGACGGCUGUAUCACGAGACUGCCGGAUCACAUCUGCGAGGAAUGGGAUGGAAGCCGUACUUGUUCCGCCCGACGUUGUGGUCGUAUAGUGAUGGGCUUCUUGUCUACGCUCCUAGUCUGGUCUCUGACAGUACGGUGCAUACUGCAGAUGAUGAAUCGAACAAACAAGCGGUGAACGAGCAAUCUGGCGCGGCUGAUAGUUGUCUGAUAGUGCUCGAUUUAGAGUCAGGUUCGGUAGGAAAAGUACCGUUCGACAUAACAGGCAAGAUCAUUCGGAAUCUUAGACUUCGAGAAAACACACUGAUAGUUGAAUGGGCUGAGAAAGAGCCAUGGCAUGACUUGAACAUGGUUGAUAAAGUACAUAGACAUUUCGCGAGCUGUUACGACGUGACUCUUGCUCAACCCUCAACCACAACAAGUGCAGCCGCGCAGGUGAGUGUCAAAUUCCGCUCUGAAUGGCGUGUUCAUUUCCUUGGCCUUCCCCUUACCUCUCGAGACUACUUCUUCAGCACUCACACGGCUAAACACUACGCGCUCUACUACUGGCAGCCCAAUCGCAGUCUGUGGACCGGUGACGAAGACCAACCGAUCGAAGCUUUAUUUGUCUGGGACAUCUCGAGCUCGUCUGAUUAUCGACCAAGCGAUGACCCGACCAACAUCCACGCAAGAAGAACCAACGAAAAAGGUCACCUGUCUGGUCCGAGCAUGAGGGAGCUCGAGUGGCUCGGCAUACGCCAGCACGCAAGUAUCAGUUUGACAAGGAUUGAAAUUGACAGUGCGAAUGAAGUUCUGAUGUGGCGAGAGAACCGCUUCGCCAAUCAGUAUGGCUAUUUCGACCCUGCGGAGCGCUGCUGGGAGAGUACGAGCACUUCGUUCAAGUUGGUGGGAGCUGGUGCUGUCUUACGUCGGACAGCCGAUGUUGAGCUGGUGAGCUACAGGGGGCAUUGUAGUAUGGAUAGCACGGAGGUGACUGGUGGGAUUGAGGGUUGGUUUUUGCCAGUUUGUGAGGUCGGAGACGAUCAAAGUCAGGUUAAGUUCGGCUUGAUAGAAACUUGCUUUACCGGAUUGGUGGUUGAGAAUAGACUCCUGGCUAGAUUGAGGCUGGAAGAGGAUGGAGAGUGGAUGAAUCUUCAAGAUGAUAUUGUCAAGGAAGUGGGCUGUAUGGGACGGAUCGCCGGUGAUGAGAGAUGGCUGAUUGGUCAGAAUAACAAAUUGCAGCUUGUUGUUGCCAGGUUUCAAUAA